AUGCUCCUGCACCCGCCAGCUAUCCCUUCCCCCCCGCCCCCCAAGCACCCCACCCCCAUCCAUGCCCCCCCCUACAACGCGGGUCUGGUGGCGGGAGUGGCAGCGCUGAUCAACGAGGCCGAUGCCGUGGUGCGGCAGCGGGACAUCGACACCGACAUUGACGCCACGGCGCGGCGCCUCGCCGCCGACGCCGCCGCCCUGGACCUCACCACCUCCGAUCAGGAAGAGGCGCUGGGCGAGGCAGGGCCCGGGGGCCUCCCCCUCGACCCGGUCUGCAUCUCCCCCGCGGAGUGCGGCCCGCACGGCGCCUGCGAGGCGGGGCGGUGCCGCUGUGUGGUGCUGUACACCGGGGUCGUGUGCGGGCACGCCCUGGUGCUCAGCCCCGCGCUGCUCGCGCCGGGGCUGCCCCGCUUCGUGCCCGCCUACGAGGGCGAGCUGAUGCUGCACGCGCAGACGCGGCACGCCGACAUCCGCGUGCUGCGCCCCGGCCCCACGCUCGAGUGGGACCUGCUGGCCGACGCGGCCGAGACGGCGGCGCUGAACCGCAUCCUCCCGCCCUCCGACCUGGUGUUCAAGAGCAAGGCGUACCCGACCUGCGCGGUGGUGGGCUCCUCCGGCUCCCUCCUCCUGCGCCGCCUGGGCCCCGCCAUCGACGCCCAUGUGCUGGUCCUGCGCCUGGGCGCCACGCCCAGCGCAGGGCACGAGGCCUCGCUGGGGUCCAAGACCAACCUGCGCCUGACCGACGAGCGCGACUGGGCCUGGCGCGAGCGGCCGGAGGACCUGGCCCUGGUGCGCAGCGCCAGCCGCGCCACUGUCACGGGCCUGCUGGCCAACGCGGCCUCGCCCGCGCCGGCCGCCAUCGUCGCGCUCGACCCGGGCUUUGAGUCCUGGCUGGCCGAGGGGCUGGGCUUCGCGGCCGACCUGGAGCUGGCGGGGACGCUGCUGGCGCUGCAGACCUGCCGCGCCGUGACGCUGUACGGCCUGGCGCCGCAGGGGCCGGCGCAGGGCGCCCUGGCUCGCGUGGGCCUGGUGGCCUGGGGCGAGCCCUGCGUGGAGGAGUGCAUGGCCGCACCGGCCGCUUGCGAUACAUGUCGAGCGGCGCUGGGCAUCGUGCCGAAGCCCGUCGACGCCUGGUGCGAGUCGGCGCGGGCGGCAGGGCGCCCGCCGGCGGAGGAGGCACCGGGCGGUGGCGCGGCGGGGGGGGACCGAGGCAAUGGCACCGCCGUGGGGAAGGAGAGUGCAGCGGCAGGGUCGGGGCAGGGCGCAGCGGCCAAGACGGAGCACAACAGCACGGCGGCGGCGACGACCACCCGGCGAUGA